AAAAGUACUAUUAAAAUGUGUUUCAUUGAAGUAAAGUAUAUUUUCCAUUUAUUCAAAUAUUAAUUAAAAUGAAUGCGACAUUUUCUAUAUAUGAAGAGAUAGUUCUCUGUACUGAAGAUAUAUAAUAAUGGCCAUGUUAAAAUAAGGACCUGUAAGAAAAAAAAUAAAGUAAAAUAAAAGGGGAAGCCUCCAGGAUGGUCCGUCGGGCGGGCGCCCGGGCUAUCUCCCGCGGGCUGCUCAGGCCGCCUCCGCUCGGGGGCCUUGGGAGCCGGGCCCGGGGACCAGGCGGGUGGACGCGCUGGCCAAUGAGCGCCGCCUCCUGCCCCGCGGCCCCGCCCCGGAGCCCUGGCCCGAGCUCGCCGAGCGGGCGGCGCAGACCGCUGCUGACUCGGGUCGGGGCGCUGCGGCGAGCGCGGCGGGGCCCUAGCGGCUGCCCCGCGCCCCUCCGGGUGGGCGAGUCGCCCCGGCCAUGCCGCUGGCGCCUCUGGACGCGCUGUACGUGGCGCUGGAGCUGGCGCUGGCCGCGCUGUCGGUGGCGGGCAACGUGCUGGUGUGCGCGGCGGUAGGCUCGUCGAGCGCGCUGCAGACGCCCACCAACUACUUCCUGGUGUCUUUGGCCGCGGCCGACGUGGCCGUGGGGCUGUUCGCCAUCCCCUUCGCCGUGGCCAUCAGUCUGGGCCUGUGCACCGACUUCUACAGCUGCCUGUUCCUCGCCUGCUUCGUGCUGGUGCUCACUCAGAGCUCCAUCUUCAGCCUUCUGGCCGUGGCCGUCGACAGGUACCUGGCCAUCCGCGUGCCGCUCAGGUAUAAGAGUUUGGUCACUGGAACCCGAGCAAGAAGAGUCAUUGUUGCCCUGUGGGUCCUUGCUUUUGGCAUUGGACUGACUCCAUUCCUGGGGUGGAACAAAAGAAGCAAUGUCAAAAACUGCACAGAGCCCUUAAAUGGAACCACCAACGAAAGCUGCUGUCUUGUGACCUGUCUUUUUGAGAAUGUUGUUCCCAUGAGCUACAUGGUAUACUUCAACUUCUUUGGGUGUGUCCUGCCCCCACUUCUCAUCAUGCUGGUGAUCUACAUCAAGAUCUUCAUGGUGGCCUGCCAGCAGCUUCAGCACACUGAGCUAAUGGAUCAUUCAAGGACAGUUCUGCAGCGGGAAAUCCAUGCAGCCAAGUCCCUGGCCAUGAUCGUUGGGAUUUUUGCUCUUUGUUGGCUGCCUUUACAUGCCAUCAACUGUGUCACUCAUUUUAAAUUAGAUAAGGCUGAUGAUAAACCCAAGUGGGCAGUGUACAUGGCUAUUCUCCUGUCACAUGCCAACUCUGUUGUCAAUCCCAUUGUGUAUGCCUACAGGAACCAAGACUUCCGCUAUACUUUCCACAAAAUCAUCUCCAGGUAUGUCCUCUGCCAGACAGAUGUCUUUAAGAGUGGCAAUGGGUAGGCAGGUGUGCAGCCUGCCCUCAGUGUUGGCCUAUGACCCAGGCUCUGGCCUUUCUGAGAAGGCACAAGUUGACAAGAAACAAAGAGACAGGACAUCACUGGAUGAUUCUUAGUGUGAAAGAAAGUAUACACCAUGAGCACAUGAACUGCCUCUUCUUACUAUAUGGAUGGACUGUAAAAGACUUAUUUUCUGAAGAGUCUGAACCAUGGCAGAAAAUGAUAGAAUCUACUUUACUGUGAAGCAUUGUGAUAUAUUAUACAAAUAUUUUUUUAACAUAGGCAAUUUAAAAAAUAAAAAUGUAUGUCUUCAGUCAGGAAAA